AUGGGCGCGGCAACGUCGAAGGAUAUGGCGGCGGCCGUUCUGGCGCCGCUGCCGUUCAACAUCAUCUCAAUUAUAUUGAGAUUCUGGAUCCGAACGCAAAGAAAAGCUUGGGGACCGGAUGACUGGGCUAUGGUUGCCACCAUUCCCGUGUGGACAGUAUCGCAAGUCGGUCUCAUUGGGAUGGCUUGGAGUGGCGUCGGUCAAAAUGAUCUGACUUUGACCCCUGAACAAACAGCUAAUUCAUACUUCUGGUUUUACGUCUUCCAAGAGUUCUGGUGUUUCACUUUGGUAACCCUCAAGUGGUCUAUCGGAUUCACCCUUCUCCGUAUCGCCAACGGCCAAAGAUGGGUUCAGAUUGUUAUUUACACCUGUCUGGCCUUGGUCACCGUCUGCACUGGUGGCACAGGCAUGUACCUGUUCUUCCAAUGCACUCCAGUUGAGAAAAAUUGGUUCCUGGACAUGGAGGGCAGCUGCCAACCACGUACGAUCCAAACCGCGUUGUCCUUCCUCGUUGCCGCUAUCUCGAUUUCAACCGACUGGAUUUUCGCAAUUCUUCCCUUCGCUCUAAUCUGGAAACUCCAAAUGGCCAACCGCGUCAAGGCUUCAGUUAUCGGCUUGCUUGGUUUGGGUUUCUUUGCAUCUGUCGCGCCCAUUGUUCGACUCAACUACCUUCUCAACCUCAACGAUGCCUCGAAAUUCCUGCAGGGUCUCAGCAUCAUCCUUGCCUGGGCCCAGGCCGAAGUCGGCAUCGGAAUGCUUGUCGCCAACCUUCCCGCCUGCCGUCCACUCCUCGAGCGAGCCCUCUCCCGCCUUACAUCGUUUACCGGCUCGAAGAACAAGUCAUCGAAAGACCCCACGGCCUCGGGUGCGGUGAAGAACAGCUACCUCGAGCUUGGCGAGAGGGACCCGACAAAGAAGAUGGCCACAAACGCGAGCCGCUCCGGAGUUGAGACCAGGGUUUACGGAAGGGACAUGGACGGCAACAGCAGCGAGAGUUUGCCCGAUGAUCACAGCCAGAAGCAGAUCGUGGCCAAGGGCGGUUUCGGCGAGAUUCGCGUUCAGCGAGAAUUUGGCAUGGCUGUCGAGAAGAACAACCGUGGUAACGGUGGAAGCAUGGUGUGA